AAUUAUCGUCAGCUCAGUGUCCUUGUUGUGUAUCGAAAACAGGCCUUUACGCUGCUUCGGUGCCUGCGCGUGCACACUUUAGCCUUCACGUCUGCCCAGUCCGCGCCAAUUGACAAGCCCAAAACACAGUCUUCUGAGUCUAAACAAUCCAGUUGCUUUUAUCAUGAUGUUGAACGCCCUGCGCGCCCGGCCGGGGUGUCCAGGCCGCCGGAAAAUGUCAUGUCAAGCUGUGAUCAAAUACAAUAGCAAAAUUGCACAGAACAAAAGCAAGAGGAAAGGUGCCGGUUGGAUCAAUAUCGACUACGAUAGGCUGUACACACAGCCAUCCUUCAAUCCGGGACGGCUGGUGGGCCCCAUUAAGCUGCAGCCCGUGCCUGGCAAGGGCCGCGGUCUGGUGGCUGACCGGGAGCUGCCGGCGGCGGAGACGUUGCUGGUGUCGGAGCCGGUGGGCACUGCGCUGGCGGCGCCCGAGGGCCGCGAGCUGCUGCCGCACCACCUGGUGGCGGCGCUGGAGAACAUGGAGGCGGGCGGCCGGAUGGGCGCGGCGGACAGGGCGCGUCUGCGGCUGCUGUACGACGGCAGCGCCCCCGACAGCCCCGCCAGCGCCCGUGUGCGCGGCGCCAGCCUGGACGACUUCCGCAAGAUAGACGACAAGCUGCGGCGGGCGGCGGAGGCGCCCAAAAAGGCAAAGGGAAAGGGUUUUGGCGCACCGGCGGCCGCGGCGGCGCCGAAGGCGGCCGCCAUCAACACGGCCGAGCUGGGCGAGGCGCCGCUCACAGGCGGGGAGCUGGAGCGGCUGGUGGCGUUCAACAGCUGGGGCAACAGCUACAGCGACCUGGGGGUGGCGGCGCUGCGGAAGGAGCGCUCGGAGGCAGUCAUUGGCGUGUGGCCGGAGUUUGCGCUGCUGAACCACUCGUGUGCGCCCAACACCGUGGCAUUCAACGUCGGCCAGAGCCUAGUGGUGCAGGCGGCCGCCGAAAUUGAACAGGGCCAGGAGGCCACCACCUGCUACCUAGGGGACCUGGUGCAGACGCCCCGGGAGCAGCGGAGGGCCUGGCUGAAGGGGUCGUACGGCUUCGACUGCCAGUGCGAGCGAUGCAGGGCGGAGGCGGCGGUGCCGGCGGAGGUGUCUGCGGCCGUCACGGCGGCCUACGAGCUGGCCACCAGCGAGCAGGCCACCAAGCUGGCCACCGAGGCUCCGGGGCGCAGCGACCGGUCCUCGCUGCGGCCGCUGGAGGGGCAGCUGGCGGCGGCCACUGACAGGCUGGAGGCGGCCAUGGAGGAGGCGGGGCUGCUGGAGCGGGUACGGCAGUGGCUGCGCAACUCGGCCUACGCCGCCUACUUCACUCUGGCGGUCAUUCGCGACCUGCCCGACGGCUCCGGCCCGGGCGACCUGGGCGGCCUGUUCGGGCGCACCGGGGCGGCGGCGCCCUUCGGCGACCCCGAGGCACCCACGCGGCUAGCCGGCAUGGUGGAGGCGGUUGCGCCGGGCUCGGACCUGCACCUGUACCUCACACUGGAGGCGCUGUCGCGCACCGCGGAGGCCUACGACCGUGAGGACCCCCGGGUGGCUGAGGCGACCAAGUCCUGCCUGCGUGCGCACAUCUUGCGGUACGGAGUGGUGUCGGACGCGGUGCUGCGGUCGCUGCUGGAGGCGCGCAGCCGGACACAGCACUACCUGGGCAGGAUCACCCUGGCGUCGCAAUCGGAGGGCGCGGGCACGGCGCUGGCGGGUUCACUGCUCAAGCAGACGGCGGCGCAGGCGGCGCGGGAGAUGGCGGGCACAGGCGCGGAGUGAACUGAACGGCCGGGAGCGGACUACGGGGCGGAGGCGGGAGGGGGGUGGAGCUGGCGGAGGUUGAAUGGACUAUUGCGGGGCGACUGGCGACUCAGGAGUGAGGAGGAUGUGGAGGCGACUGCGGCAGACAGCGAAGGGCACCCACCCGUCGUGGCGUCACGCCACCGUGCCCGACCUCGCGAGGCCCUGAAGUCGGCGCGCUUCGUUGGACCACGCCCACUCUGUGUUAGCGCUGUUAUGGCGCGGUUUGCAGGCUGCAGUGGGGUUGCCCCACGGUCGCGAUCCAAGGGGGUUUGGCUUGACAAAUCUGCACCAAGAUCUGCACCCCGUUCCAGGCGGGGACUUGGGGACCGCCGGGGACCGCAGGGCGCGGCCACGGGAAGGUGUGCCACCCAGGCCCUAUGGCCCAACCUGGUGUUGUAUGGUACCGUACACGCCGAGUUAGGCGAACACUUAGACCUUCACAGUACAGAACGAGCGUGCAACGAUGUCCGAGGAGUAGGCGUCAGUAGGCGUAGGACAAUGCUGUCAGGCUUGUACACUAUAUGGUACAUGAAUGUCCGCAAUAUCAUCGCCGCGGGCCAAAUCCGCGUUCUCCGGAUGUUUAAGAAGUCCAUAUU